CUGAUGGAACGUACAGUACGUAAUGGACACACCACUACAUGACAACACGGGCUGGGAUACUUCCCCCUCGGUUUCCUCACAACGGUGACAUUAAAAACAAUGUUUUCAGACCUUUGUUAUUCAAUAUUAAAACCUAGAUAUAUUUGUAAACGGGGCAAGCUACCUGACGGCUAGCCUGCCCCUAGCUAGCUGAAGGUAGCCAAGGUAACGCCUCCAUGGCAACGAAUUCCAGUUGUUGUUUCUACAUCCGAGAGAUUUGGCGUCCGUAGUUACCACGCAUUCGACGCAACAAUUGAAAAUACAAUUUCGCAGGCUAUCUUUUAAAACAAACACACACGCGGGCGAGGAAAACCAUUAACCAGCUAAUGAGCAAAGGUUCAAGGGGAAAUGGUAGUAUGUUUAAAUGUUAUGGUAUUAAUACUGCAUUCGCGCAAAGAACACGCGUCGAUUUAACGUCAGAGAAAGUCUUUGUUAUGGUCGUGAAUGACAUCGCGGUUGUGUCCGAGCUAGCAGACAACGGUGGAAUCUAAAUGAAUUAUAAAUUGCAUUUUUUUUUUCAUAUUUCGCUAAAAGCAAGACUAAAGUACGUACUGUAUAUAGUUCCACGCUACACACCAUUAGUAUUGGACGCAUUAUAUUUGAUAAUUAUCAUGGAAAUUAACUUGGGAGGUUUAGAAAGCAUUUCUCGACCUCCAUCAAGAGAAUCUUCUGAGACCACAGAAAGAGGUCAAUAUGAUAUGAAUGCAACUGAUGAAGAGAAGCAAGACCCAAAGCUCCAGAGGGCAAUUGAGGAGAUGAGGAGGCUUGAUGAGCUUCUGUCUGUACGCAUGUGCAGAGAAAAAGAAGCCAAGCGUCAAAGGAAACAAUGCCAAGCUGAACUCUGGAACGAGCUAAUGGUGAGCUUACCCGAAGGCCACUCAGAAAGGAGCCAUGAGGCCAUGAAUGCAAGGCUGUUUUGGGCCUUGGACUCACCGAUCGGCCCACCAGAGAGGACGGAUUUUGUGUCGCUUUUUAAAACUCAGAUCGGUGACAAUGAUCUGGAUAGAAGACUGCAACAAUUGUUAGAGAGUGAAGAGAGAGCGGACGACUUGAGCGAAACAUCCGAGUUGACGUGCGAGGAGCUGGAUGAAGCGAGCCACGGCGACGCCUCCAAGGGCAAGAAGAGACAGCAGAAGAACUUUGUCAGGAGAAAUAUUGAGCUCGUCAGGGGCAAAUGCGGCCAAGUGCUGUUGACACAGGCGGAGGAAGAGCGUCUGGCCGAGCUCCUGCGAGACAUAGAUGAAGAGGAAGAGGAGAGCGCCAGAGGCGCAGACAACGAGGAGAACAUGUGGGCUGUGCCGGUGUCGACAAGCCAGGGUUACACCCCGGAGACGUCCGACAUGGAGCGGCUGAUUGCCAUUGACUCCAAACUUCGCCUUUUCCAGCCAGUCGUAGAACUCCCUUCGCAUACAUUUUUAAAUGAGGACUGCGCCUCGGACACCGGCCCGAGGCGUGAUGGCGACCCUCAGCCAGGAGAGAAGGUCCUGCAGGAGAUCAAGGAGAGGAGGAUGCAGGAGAUGCAGCUCCUGGAGAUCCAACGGCAGCUGGAUCUUCUGGGCCAAGACCAAGAGAUGACAGGGGGGCUUCCGUGUGGGUGCCGUGGAGGUCGGCAGUGAAAACAUCUGCACAGAGCGAACAGGAGAGCCUCAGUGAGGAGCAGUUACUUAGCCUGCUGGAUGGUUGUGAGCUGACAGAAUCUGAGCCAGAACCUUGACACAAACAUAGACUUCCUCCACACGAGGCCCUGCUGUCAAGACGUCCGUCAAACUGCGUGCCAUCGUUGACGUCACGCUUCCUGACUUGUAGAGUAGGAAGCGAGUGUAGCAGCGAAGAUUGCCUGGUGUGCAGUACUGUUUUCAUUUUCAUUCUUUCAACUCGUAAAAACCUGAACGAUCUGCAGUCGUUUUGAAUGUUAAGGAGUUAAACGGAAGCAAUAUAUAAUAUGUGCUUGAAGCUGCUUCAUACAACGGACAUUUCAUUUGGGUCUUCCGUCAUGGUUUCAUGAGAGAUGAGUUCCUGCACUUUAAAAAGAUCUGUGGCAAGUCCAAGGGGUUAAUAAGAGUAUUAAAACGGCUGUAAAGUAUCAAUCAUGACUCCCCCGCCCCUGGAAAAAAAGUAGGGAUAUUUAGCUCAUGAGUGAAACUUCAGGAUGAACCAGAAAUGCACUACAGCCUUUACGAGGGAACCUAAUUUGGCCUGGUCUAAACUGUUGAAUCUCUCAGUAGUUUUUGCACCACUUGUUAUUUUCAUUUGUUGAUUACAAUUCUCCAAGGAACUGAACGGCGACAGUCACAAGAGGUGUUUGAUCCAUUCUAUACCACUGUGCGACUCUUCUAGUCUAUCCAAAUCUCUGGCAAUUCAACACUUCCAUCGGAGAAUGUCGUCUCGUUCUCAUGAUAUCAGCGCUGUUUGAAUAACAGCUAUAAUUGAACCAGGAAAUGUUUUGGUCAGCUCAUUGAUCAAACGUGUUGUGAAUUUUACACUUCAAAUCCCCCCCAUGUUAGGCAAAAACAACUGAAAUACUAAACAGUUGAAGGUUUCGAGGAGGUCGUAUUAAGUUCACCUGCAAACGUGAUCGUGUCCUGCCUGAGAUUUCACCGGUAGGUUGUGAAUGAUGAGCUCAGAACAUUGAUGUUGUGAAACCAAAUCACCGAGUUUUCUGGUCUCAGAAUGUUCACCGGGAAUUAAGGCCUUACGUCUACAGGAACAAAAGUCAUACCAACGGUUUAAAUGCAAUAAAUUCUUUUCAGUCCUGCCUCUACAGGUGAUCAACUACCAAGAUUUGAUUAGACCUGUGACACUUCUCUACCUUCAUUUUCUUUUUAUUCUUUUUUGGAGGCCUGAAGGGGGGGGGGGGCGUUACACUUACGAGAAAGAAAGUAGAUAGCUGAGUGCUUUCAGGUUUUCUUGAGAGGUCUUUUUUUUCUGGUCUGUUGACGGUUUCUGUUUGCUGGUGCUUGCCCAGUACAAGUAGCAACGCCACACCCGGCUGACACUGAUGGCCCCGUUCAUCUCACUCUUCAGCUCACAUCGAGACCUUGUGCCGACAGUAGCAAGAAUCUCACAUUCCUGCGAAUUGAAAACGUGUCAGCCAGGAAGAGCCUUUGAGCUCAGACCUGGCCAGAGUCUCACUAUAAGCUGAAUUUUAUAACCUUUUCUAUCUAGGAACUUAAACAGUUAUAAAAGAAAGCUCAGCACUUUUUUGUUUCCUGAGCUGAGCUGAUACGUUUUGCCUAGUUUCACAAACGCAAAAAGAAGGGAGAGAUGAAGCAUAUUUGUGGUGGGUAAAGUGUGAUGCGCCAAGCACGGCAAGAAUGAGGUAAGUGUUAAUGUCUCUAUGCAAAGAGACGUACUGCAUUCUUAGACUGUCUGGAUUCUUUGGCCAGACGUUCCUCUAUACCAUAUCUACAGUACACAACUCGACAAUCUGGAUGCGUUUCCAUUGGAAAAAGUAAAUUCUUCCUACCAUCCUUUUUGUAUAUCGCUUGCCCUAAUGACGGGGACGAGUGAGCCAGACCUUGGACCUGUUCUCUCUGACUUGGGGCAAGAGGAAGGGAACACAGAUGGCAGGUCCCUCUGCCUUGGACCCUUUGCAGUGCACCUAUCAGGAGGUGGUAGUGGUAUAGGACACCAUCUUAGUACUCCACCGAGCAGUUUCUUAGUAGAACAAAAACUUCUCAAGUGCCUUCAGUACCACCCACACUCUUCUACAUAGGGAAAAAGUGGGCAUUAGUUCACACAUUGUGGCAUCUGGCUCUUAGCGUGCUACCUGACAGGCAGACCUCCCACUUUGGUUAACAGUAUGGGAGUGCCUCAAGGGACUGUUGUCUCUCCUGUCACCUUGUGUGCAUUGGGUUUAAAAGUACAAAGGUUCACAAACAACACCUACUGUGGGUUAUAUCAGAAGUGGACAGAUGGAGAAGUACUUGGCACUGGUUAAGGACUUUAUUGCAUGGCGUCACUCCAACCACUAUCGCCAAAACCUCAACAAUACUAGGAAACUAGUGCCCUGAGGGAAGCCUUGACCUCAGCGUGAUCCAAUUUGCAUAAAUGGUGACAAUGUCAAGAUUGUACAGAUGUACAAAUACCUCUGCAUGCAGCAGGAUGAAAGCCUGGAUCAUGUCCAGACAGAAGAGCAGCCAUCUAGGCAUCCAUACCUCCCUCCCUCCAUUGAGUGAUAACGUACAGACUAUAGACAAUCAAUGGUGCUGCUACAAUGAGUGACUUGGACAUAGUCUCAUGAUUGCAUGGACAGUGACUGAAAAGCCAGCCAAUAACAGCUAUAAACUGCAGGGACAGGCGGGACAUAAGCAGAAACCCAAGUCAGAGGGGGGGAGGUGCAAUACACAUUACGUCUAGUACCUGCUCAGCCAUGUUUCCAUCUUGGUGACCUAAAUUGUUACCGAGCUCCUCAUUGGUUGGGCCAAUUGCCUGGUGAUUGUAAAUGAAGUUUUGUGGCGCGUGAUCGCAACUAGCCCCGUAAGCGGCAGUGUUGGCUCUACAUUCUGCACUUUUCUGCCUUGUCUAGUUACGUGUGGCCUUGUCUCCCCUUCACUGAAAUUUAUAACUUAAAUGGUAAAUGGACUGCACUUAUGUGGCGCUUUAUCUACACGAUCUCAGUCGGAGCAGGGAUUCUAACCAUCUAUCCUUUGGACACUGGACAACCCACUCUACCUGCCGAGCAACUCCUCCUUACCACAGUCGUUCUGCAUUGAAAAUCCAAGAAACUCAUUCUCGGUUGUUGUUUUUCACGUUGUUGUCGGGUUCAGUACAGCAUGUUUUCUUGUGGGAAACCACCAGCCCAAACUGAAGGGUGGCAUUUGAUUGUCGCUCACUGAUCUUAAGAUCCCAAUUUUUUUUUUAGCAGUGCUGGCUUUGUCCCUCCGCUAAAUAGUUAUUAAUUGUAGAGUUUUUAUUCAUUUUAAGAAAACCGUAAUUUUAAUGCACAUUCCGCUCAGUGACAACGUGAAGCAGAAAGUUGACAGCGCUCGAGAGGGAGAAUUUAUCUCUGUGGCGUGCUAAAUUCCUCAACGUCUGCUGAUCACAUGUAGCGCUCGAAAGUUUAAAGAGAUGCCUGUGUGAUGUGUAAUCAUAUCUGUAUGAAUGUGCUGUUUCAGAGGGUUAUUAUUCAUGGUGAGUUUUCCUGCUGUUGACUCCCAAGGAUACUCCCUUUCUCCGAGACUUCAGCAGACCCGACUAAUGGAUUCCAGUUGCUUGACACAGCGUGGCUCGGCUCUUUUUUGCUUUUGUAAGGACGAGAUUUCAAUCAA